AUGGCGGACAAUCACAUCAUACUCGAUGUUUGCGGUCGCAAAUUUCGCACUUCAAAAUCCGUUCUUUCAGUCUCGCCUUACUUUGAGAGUCUCCUCACACGAUGGGAAGACUGUGCAGACUUGCAGGCCGACGGCUCCUAUUACGUCGACGCGGAUGCCGAUACCUUCGAGCAUAUCCUAAACUUCAUGCGCCGGCCCUCAAGAUUUCCUCUCUACUGGAAUAAGAAAGACGGCUUUGACUAUGCGCUCUACUGUCGGGUAGAAGCAGAAGCAGAUUAUUUCGUGUUGGAGGGACUGCGGGAUUGGAUCAGACAAGCCAAGUACCUCCAGGCAGUAUCAACAACUUUACACGAAUACAGCGCAAAAAAUGAUCAAGCAUUUGACGGCGAUGUCAUUGUCGAGAAAUACGUCGUCAGGAAGGCUACUGUUGUUCUUUGUCCUGCGGGGAUCCAUGGAAACCGCAGGAAUUGCCGCUUGGAUGAGUUGUGCUCAAAAUUAAUAGAGGCCAACGGAUUGCAGAUGAGUGGUCCAGAGGAUGAGCUUAUUGUGGCUGUUACACAAUUCCAUUUCAACAACGCGAUCCUGGUUAACAAUACUCCCUAA